UUCGGCUUGACCUUUCAGUUCCUGGCGGAGCACAAGCUGCUGGGCCAGGUCAAGAACGUGGCCAAGACGGCCAGCAAGGAGCAGCUGAUCGCCGCCUACGACCAGCUCUUCGACACCCAGAGCUUCAAGGGCACAGAGACCCCAGAGGAUGUGGCGGGACAGGUGAAAAAUGUCAAGCUUGAGGAGGAAGCCAAGCCCAAAGAGACAAAACCAGAGGAAACAGUUGAGGAGGGCCCCCCCAAAUACACCAAGUCCGUGAUGAAAAAGGGCGACAAGGUCAAUUUCCCCAAGAAGGGAGACACCGUCCACUGCUGGUACACAGGGAAGCUGCAGGAUGGGACCGUCUUUGAUACCAACAUUCAGACCAGUAGCAAGAAAAAGAAAGCCUCCAAGCCGCUGAGCUUCAAAGUCGGUGUUGGAAAAGUGAUCCGGGGCUGGGAUGAAGCCCUGCUGACCAUGAGCAAAGGGGAGAAGGCGCAUUUGGAGAUUGAACCGGAGUGGGCGUACGGGAAGAAAGGACAACCCGAGGCCAAGAUUCCACCAAAUGCAAAACUUUUCUUUGAAGUCGAACUGGUGGAUAUCGAAUGAUGGACUGUGCUCAUCCUGGAUGACGCUGAAGACCUGGGAUGCCGGGAAAUGUGAACGCGGCCUUUUGAAAAGUGUGUGUGUGGGGGCUGGCUGGCUUUUACUUCCAUUGUUAUACAGCACCAAUGUAACUAAAGACCGGUUUCUAUA